CUUCCCUCUUCCCCACCACCACCAGUCCACCGCCUCCGACUCCUCACUCUGCUUCACCAAAACCCCAACCGGAUCAACAAGCGGAAGCGCAGCGGCGGCGCGAUGCUGGAGGCGGCGAUCCCCGCGCUGUGGACCUCCGUCCACGGGUUUUUCACGCCGGCGGUGCUCUUCAUCGUCCUCAACAUCGUCAUCGGCACCAUCGCCGUCACCUCCAAGGUUGGCGCGCCGGCGAGCGCCGUCUCCGAGGGAGAAGGCGCUGCUGCGGCUGCGGGUGGAGCUCGCGCAGGAGGGGAGCAGCUACGGAGGUUGUCCCGCGUGCCUUCGAUGGCGUUCGAACGGCUCCGGUCGUUCAACCUGUCCCGCUUCGCCGCCCCCGCGCCCGAGCCCGCGGUGGCUGGGGUGAUGGAUCUGGGGUACGAGCAGCCCGCGCUGCCGGUGGAGAAGCAGGACAAGGAGGUCGAGGUCGAGCGGGAGCACGAGCACACGCACAUGGAGAGGAGCAGAUCGGAGACGGCGGCGGAGGCGGAGCUGCCGCGGCUGCCAGCGAGGCUGCACAAGUCGGCCAGCGAGAAGUCGGCGUUCGCGCACUUCGAGGCCGAGGAGGUGGAGGAGGCCGUCCAGGCGGUGGAGGCGAGGCGGCCCGCGACGACCAGGGAGGGGGCGGCGCGCCGCGGCCGGCGGCUCCCCGACCCCGUGGCGGACACAUCGGAGUCGGAGUCGGAGCCGGAGGAGGAGGCCGCCGCUGCCGGUGGCGGCGAGGUGGACGCGCGCGCGGACGACUUCAUCAACAGGUUCCAUCACCAGCUGAAGCUGCAGCGCAUGGCCUCCAUCCUGCGCUACAGGGAGACGAUCCGUCGCGGCCAUGCGGCGGCGGCGGCGGCGGCGGCGGGGGGCGUGUAGGUGCCAAUCCGAGCAGACCGAGGGAGCUAGAUGCAAGACGGCAAGAGCGAACCGAGGGUGGGUAAAAGUACAAGAAGAAUAGAAGAGAAGAGAAGAGAAGAGAUUGGGGGAUUAGGAGGAGGUGAUGGUAAUUCCGUUCCCCCUUUCGUUCUCGUUUUCCGUUGAUGCUAGUAUAUCGUAGCUUCAUGCGACAUCGCAUCAUGUGAAUUAUCGCAGUUUGAUAAAAGGGAUCCGUAGCUAAGUUGCUGUACAUUUGCUGCUCUGUUUUCACCAACCCUUUGCAAAUGUUUGCCAGUAUCGCAUCAUCUAAAGUGAGCACACUCUGAUUGUAUGUUCUCGCUUUUGCUAAUGGUGAUCGCAAGGCUUAGCAAAACUAAUCAGGUUCAAGGGUGUGAUGCCUGUUUCUGUUUGGGGCAGAGGAAUUCUGGAGCAAUGCCUCUUUUCAUUAAUCGCGACACAUCCAUCCGGUGCUGUCCCCGUCGUGUUUGGUCGCUUUCCCCCUCUUCUUUAAUCGGCCUCGCCUCGGCGCUUUCCUCGUCGUCGUCUUCGCAUGGCCGCAUUGGCGGCACGGCACCUGCUCACUUAAUCGGCCGACAACAGGGCUGAGCGGCGCUUGGCACGGGCAUAUAUAAAAGGAACAAUUGCAAAGAAACCGCUAUAUAAAAACUUGUGAUUCUGGCAGCAGCUCGUUUCAUGCUGGUUGCGCUAUUGUAUUGUAUUUCCAUCAGCUGGUGGCGUGGCAGUUGCAAAGGGUUUGUUUGGUUCCUCGACGGCGAGUUUUCGUAGAGCCGUAAGCAGAGUUAUUUUUGUUGCUUAUAUUUAUCUGUAUAAGCCGAUAUGAGUUUUUAUUUGACUCA